UUCUUCUUCUUCUUCUUGAACUCGAUGGUAUGUAAGAAGAUGGUAGGAAUCGCAUAGCAACCGAGACAACCAAAAGAGCUCGCUGAAGUAGAAUGAGUCACGUUCGUUCGUGAACGAACACGCUUUUCCUAGUUGUUCGUUGACCGAGCUCUUGGGAUUGUAUCAGUCUGUUAGUUUGCUUCGUGUGUGAUAGACCCGGAACGGUACGCGUUCAAUUUUUUGUUAAAAAGAAAAUAGUGAAAAAAGAAACAACAAGUGUGAAAGUACGCGAGUUAUCGUUGAAUUUUUUAAUUUAAAUUUGAGAUUUUUCAAAAGAAAUGUAUAAAAAAUCAAACGUUAAUCAUCCAAUGGCAAAUGACAGGAUCGUUAAGUUUAUCCAACUUUAUCGAUCAUGCGAGUGCCUUUGGAAUGUCUCUUCCAAAGAUUACGGAAGCAAACUUUCCCGUAAUGCUGCCUUCGACACGAUAUCCAGGAAAAUGCAAAUACCAAGUCUCGGGCCGCGCGAAGUUGCCCGGAAAAUAAAAAAUCUUAAAUCGGCUUACCAACAGGAGGUAAAGAAAAUCGAAGAAAAAUCAGUAAUGGGAGUUGUUUAUCGACCGAGCGCCAUAUGGUUCGAUUUGCUCGACGAAUUUCUUCAAAAAUCUGAAAAAUCGGUUGAACAUAAUCGUAGACUGAAUGAUUAUCAAUCAACCGAUCGAUCUAAAACGAAUCAGCAAAUUGUGUCUAACGUUAACGAUAAAAAUAAUGUUACGAAUUUAACGAAAAAUCUUUUUAAAUACGAAUCAAGCUCGGAUAAUGAAAGUAAUUCUUCCUCGAGAAGAAAUAAAACAUCUGUAGUCGAUGUUAUUUUCAACGAAAGACGAAGAAAACGAAGGAGGAAGGAAAACGGCAGGAUAAAACUUAACGAAUACAAAAGUUUUGGCAAAUACGUUGCUACGAAUUUGAACAAAAUGCCAUUCGAAUAUGCGAUAUCAGCAGAAACCGAAAUUCACAGUAUAAUAAUAAAGUACAAGGUUUAUGCUAUGCGAAAAAUCAUUUAUCCGACGAGUAAAAAAACGGAAACAACGACAACGAGCAUGAUCAAAGAGCAUUCGUCAACUUAUCUACCAUCUCCGAAUUUUUCUUCGAUACUUCGUCAUAGAAUCAAGGAAAUACGACCAACGUAAAAUAGUUUCGUUAAUAGGAUCGGAGAUACGUUUGAUAUUAGAGCCAAAGUUUUUAAAUUUAUUAUUGUAUUUAUAUUAAACGUUUAAUGGCACCCAGAUGACAAUUCCAGUCGUCGUAUCAUUCGUAAUUUUAGAUAUAUUUUUUUGAUAAAAUAAGCGAUAUAUUUAUAAUAGGUAUUAUAACUAAAUUAUAUUAAAAAAAAAACAUCCUUUUUUUAAGCAUAGUCUAAUUACGAAUUUUUAGCUGCAAUUUAUUUAUAUACAGAGUGUCCCUGUUCUAAUUGGUGGUGGAAACUUAGCAGAGAGUAAUUUUACAUGAAAAGAAAUAGUAAGUCGAAAACUUAUGAUAAAAUUUGUUCGUACGAGGAAUUUGUAAUAAUUAUUUUGCAAAUUUUGUAAUUUGUCGAAUACUUGUGCACUUGAUUGAGCAUGCAACUUUGGAUACUAAAAGUCUUGUUCGAUGAGUAUAAGAUAACUGAUACAAGAGAUUUUGACAAUGUUUGCGAAGUAUAAUAACAUAUUACGGUUUAUGCAGUUUGCAUGAAAAUUAUAUGACGGUAGAGGAAUCAUUUGAAUAUGAUCAUUGAUACAUAGUAUUCAUCUAGUCGGUAAAAAAUAUUAGUUUUAGCAUAUAUUGCAAUAAAUAUUUAUACGUCGUCGAUAUUUAAUGCACAAUGCAUAAACCCUUAUUUAUAUGUCACGAACGGUCAAUAAAAACUAUAUUUUUAUAUUAUAUCUCCAAACGUUAUAAUGUCUUAAGAAAACACCAAAAAAUUAUCUCGAAAAAUAUUAAAGAAUAAGAUAAUAAAUCUAAUAGAAUCAAGAGUGUACUCUUAUCUAAAGAAAUUUUCAAACGUAUUAAACUGAAUUGUAUUCUACCUUUUCUACUUGCCAUUAAUUUUUCAUAUAAAACAAUUUCUUGUUCGUUUAUACGAACACCCUGCAUAAUAACGAUAUAAUAAGUAGUCUAAUUAAAUUAUGUCACAACGAUCAUAUAUAUAUAUAUACAUACAUGUUCCUAAUAAAUAC